UCCAAUGGCUCAAAUUCAAUCUUCCCUUAAACAUUUUCUUUUUAUAUUUUAUAAACCAUUAUCCCUCCCUCCCCUGUAAUUCUUCCGCAAUUCUGCUCAAUUCUACUGAUUUAUUUAUAACUGAAAUAUUAGAGCACGAAACACAUCAUUUUUCUUCCUCUCUGGUUCUCUCCAUUGCGAUUGUCUACAGUUCGUAUGCAACAACUUACCAUAGAAAGAAAAAUAAUCGAUUAAAAGGUGAUCCCUUUAAAGGGUGCAAUGACCAAUGAGGUUUUCCAAAUAAAGUGGCCGACAAAGACACAGAAUAUGUCGCGUAAGGUUGUAGUCAGGAUCUAUGGUGAAGGAGUGGAGGUGUUUUUUGAUCGAGACACUGAGAUUCUUACGUUUGAGUUCAUGUCGAAGCAAGGGCAGGGACCUCGUUUACUUGGGCGGUUCUCAAAUGGACGGAUUGAAGAGUUCAUCCAUGCACGGACACUAUCAGCCUCUGAUCUGCAUGAUCCAGAUAUAUCUGCUCUUAUAGCAGCUAAAAUGAAGGAGUUUCAUGGUCUUGAGAUGCCAGGUCCAAAGGAUGUCUCUCUGUGGCACAGAUUGCGAAAUUGGCUCAAAACAGCUAAGAGUUUGUGUACUCCAGAAGAAGCUAAAGACUUUCGCUUGGAUUCCAUUGAGGAUGAAAUUUCCUUAAUUGAGAAGGAACUCUCAGGAGAUCAAAGUAUAGGGUUUUGCCAUAAUGAUUUACAAUAUGGCAACAUAAUGAUUGAUGAAGAGACAAGAUCAAUAACUAUAAUUGACUAUGAGUAUGCAAGUUACAACCCUAUUGCUUUUGAUAUAGCAAACCACUUCUGUGAGAUGACUGCUGACUAUCAUACAGAUACACCCCAUAUUUUGGACUAUAGUAAAUACCCUGGUUUGGAGGAGCGUCAAAGAUUUCUUCACUUAUAUCUGAGUUCCUCAGGUGGUCUACCUAGUGACAUUGAAUUGGAGCAGCUGCUCGAAAAUGUUGAGAAGUAUAAGCUUGCGAGCCAUCUUUUUUGGGGAUUAUGGGGGAUAAUAUCGGAACAUGUCAACGAAAUUGACUUUGACUACAUGGAAUAUGCAAGGCAGAGGUUUGAACAGUACUGUUUAAGGAAGCCUGCUUUAUUGGGUUCUUCAGGAACCACCCCUGAUGUAGCUUUGACUGAUGGUAAUUAUACUAUCUAAUUGCUACUCGCUCCGUACUGUAUCACAUACAUUUAGUUGUGUACAGGAACUGACAACUCUAGAUUGUGUUAUAGUCUUUUGGUGUGUCAUCUUAAGAAUAUUUUCAUCUUUGAUCGGUACUUCUACUAUGUUGUCAAAUAUGGUGGUAUGGUAUGUUGGAUCAGGAGAGAAUGGUUGUAUUUAUUCUUUCUGUCAGUGAAGGAGUGUAAUUGAACACCUAACUCCACCCCAGUUGCUGGACCAGGAAACUGAUUAUGUCUUGACACUGCCUGCAAUCAAUCAAGACUUUGCCCGGACAGCUGCACGGCAUCAUCCUUUUUAUCUUCAAGGUAGUAAGGAGGUGUGAUUUGGGUCUUGGUUUGAGAGCUCUGGUUUCUUUCCCGGAUGGCUGGAUAUGCUAAAUUGAGAUCCAUGUCCUAGCCUUUAAUUUCUUUUGGUCCGAACAGAAACACCCUGAUUUCCUAGACUUGCAGUGGAGUUGGUUUGAUACAAAAGAAAACGUAAAAUGGCUGUGGACUAAGGUGGUUUCAGAAAAAUGAGAGGCAGUCGUCGGUGUACGAAAACUUCCAGGAAUGGCCACGGUGUUAUUACAGAAACAGGCGCGAUGUCUCAAAUACACCUCUCCUGCCCUCAUCCGAGACAAACCAAUCUUCUAGCCAGCAGAAGCCCGGCAGUGGAUGGCAGGAAGAUCACUUCCUCAAUAUAAACAUUAUUGCAGUGAAUGAACAAUGGAUUCGUGGUUUCCUCUUGUUCACACAUGGGUAAUAAUAAAAUAAGAAAAAGCACAAUUCCGAAGUUU